GUCACGUAGUCACGUGAUCUCACAACCCGGAAGAAAAACAUUGGUUCUUCAAUACCGAGUCGUGCGGUCCGGUCAAGCAGUAGUCUGCACCAUGUUGCGUUGCAGAGAUGAGCGGGUGUGCGCUGGAUGAGGAGAACUUCCGCCGCUGCUGUCGGCUCCUCCUGCAGCAAUCGGAGCAGCUGAGGGACGGCUGGAGCUGGGAAGCCGUGCAGGGCUCAGAGGAGGGCUACCUUAAGAAGACUGCUCUCAGAUCAGUCGUGGUCGACUCGAGCCCAGCGUGGGACCACGAAGGAUCGGCUUCAGACUCGGAGCCACACACUUCCUGUCGCUCCUGGUCUGAUCAGCAGGGACAGGAAGAGAAACAGGCUGGUCUUGUUCUUUCAGUUGAUGCCGACAGCAUCAAAGGUGGCAUAGAGGAUGAGGAAGAUGGUGAGGAAGAUGAAGAUGACGGGGUAUGUGUGGUGUCUGAAGGCAGCAGCCAGAUGCUUCAGUACGAGUACCACAUCCUGCACUCCUGCAGCUACAGUACUCCUGUGCUCUAUUUCCGAGCCUUCACUCAGGACGGGAGGAGCCUGUCAUUAGAGGAGGUGUGGAGCUCUGUUCAUCCAAACUUCAGGCUUCGACUUCAGAACAGUCCUCUGAAUACAAUCACUCUGCAGGAACAUCCCCUGCUGGGCCAGCCUUUCUUUAUGCUCCACCCCUGUAGAACGGAGGAGUUCAUGAGGCCCGUGCUGCAGGCGGCUCAGGACCAACACAGGUCAGUGAACUACGUGUUGUCGUGGCUGAGUGUUGUGGGUCCUGUGGUGGGUCUGGACGUCCCUCUGAAGUACGCCACCCAGCUCCAUCCUGCAGCGUCACUCAGCAGCACAGAGCCAGACUGAGGCUCCACCUGCUCUGCGUCUUCGCUCUCCGUCAGCUUCACUGUGGAGUCUCUCUGUGGGAGGCAGGAUUAUCAGCCGGGUAGUCUCGCAUUGCCAGAACUACUGUAUCUCCACAGGUCUGUCGGGUAAGGUCUGGCUACACUACAGAUACGUUCUGGGAUAGGACAAAAAAAUGCUCUGGUGUGGCCGGGUUGGCUCACUUGGUAGAGCAGGCGCACAUAUACAGAGGUUUACUCCUCAACG